GACUUCCCGUGCCCUGUAGUGGAUCUUGUGACCUCUGAUAACAGAACCGGCAUUGAAGGUUGAUAUCGAUUAGAUCCCGUGGUAAAAAGCUAAUGACGUCACGCGCUUAAUUAAUGGUUCGCGCUGCCGGCAAGUUAUCCAUGGAACGCCGAGUUGCUCCCCAGCCGGGCUCAUCGACUGUUGCUGCUGCGUCCACCAUUGAAGCUUCAGGACUGUACAAAUCGUCCUGAUUGACCUUCCCUUCAAACGCAGACAUUCGCUACCCAUCCGCGACAGAGCAGCUAUCGCGUCCUCUUAGUCACUCUCGCACUCUUCUCCUGCAUUGCAUUCACCGCAAGACAUCAUGGAACAGCCAUCGAGAGUGGGUUUGAUUUUGUAUCAGGCUCCGCCAUCAAGUGUCCAAUCAAAGUCAGCCACACUGUCGAAGAGGUCCCCGCAUUCGGUGAUACAGGCACCCCGCCGCCGCCACGGGACGAUGUGGUCAGACUCGUCAUCCUCAUGACAUACUGCGAAUGCGACAACGCUGCCCGACAUGUAAUGACCGCUCUGGGAAGCGAAGAGGUCGCACGCCGUGAAGUUGGCGGCGGCAACUGGUGGCGGGCCCGGUUUGUCCCUGGGUGUAUCCCGACCAACUCCAGCAUCCCGUUUGUCUCGACGCGUGUGCU